UUCGCCGAUGUUGACGUCGUAAGCCGACGGUCGUGGUUACGAAUUUGCCGCACCCCCCCCCCCCAACCCUCGGCGCCAGGCUCCUGCUACAAGGACACCCUCUUGGACGACAAACGCAACGUGCAGUCGACGGAAUUUGAUGGUGGGCGCAGGAGGCGGCAGCAACGGCAGCAGCAACGGCAGCAGCAGCAGCAACGGCAGCAGCAAUGGCAGCAGCAGCAGCACACACACAGCUACCAGGCCACCGGUCGCAGGCCAUCGGCCGCCAAGGAGGCCACUAUCGGCGGCAGGGACCGUCCGUCGCCGCCGCCGCUGCCGCUGCUGCUGCUGCUACUGCUGGCGGGCCUGACCUUGGCGGCGUUGGCGGCGUGGUGGUGGUCCGCAGGAGCCGGCCGCGGCCGCGGGUCGCCGGGGCCCGCCGGGCUCCCCGGCGACGCGCCGGAGCCUCUCUACUCGGCGGUGUUCGGCGAGCGCCUGGAAGCCGCCCGCCGGCGCCACCCCUCGCAGUGCGACGAGCUGUGGCGCCGCGUCAACAUCACGCUGCGGCGCCACCUUGCCGCGCUGGCCGACGGCGACCCCGGCACGCCGAGCCAGCCGGCGACGCUGCUGCUGGCGUCGGGCCCCCGGGGUCUCGGCGCCGCCGAGGGGCUGGCGGCCGACCUGGCCGCGGCCUACGGAGACGCCGCCGCCGCCGCCGCGUCGGACGACGGCGGCGGCGAUGGCGUCGGGGGGCGGGCGACGGUGACGCUGAGCGGCGUGGAACUGUCGGGGAUGUCGGGCGACGACGCCAAGCUGGAGUUGGACGCGCGGCUGCAGUCGGCGCUGGGCGGAGCCGACGCCGGCGCCGGUGCCGCCGUCGCGCUGGAGCGGCUGGAGCGGCUGCCGCCGGCGUCGACGCUCAUGCUGUACGCGUACUGCGACCACGAGACGGCCAAGUUCAAGCGCGCUCUCCUCGUCUUCACGGUGCUGCUCGACCACGACGAUCGCCGUGGCGACGGCGACGGUGGCCGUGGCGACGGUGGCCGUGACGACGGUGGCCGUGGCGACGGCGGGGAGGCCGGCGAGGGUAGCUGCCGGGCCCUGCGGGAUUUUUCGGACCGGGUUUACGCGUCGCUGCGGCGGGCGCUGGUGGGGCCGAGGCUCGACCUGGACAAGUUUGCGGGGCUGUGGAGCCGCGUCGCCACCGUGGUGCUGCCCGUGCAGCCGGAGGGGUCGCCCUGAUCGAUGUCGCUGUCGUCGCUGUCGUCGUCACUGUCGUCGUCGUCACUGUCGUCGCUGUCGUCGCUGUCGUCGCUGUCGUCACUGUCGUCACUGUCGUCACUGUCGUCGCGAUUGUCGUCGCUGUGAUCGUGGUCACCGUCACCGUGAUCGUGGUCACCGUGACGACGACGUCAUGAUUGUUGUCAACGUGAUCGUGGUCACCGUCACCACGAUCGUCGUUACCAUCGUCACCGUGAUCGUGGUCACCGUGACGACGACGUAGUGACGGUCGUCACCGUGAUGGUCGUCACCAUCGUCACCGUGAUCGUGGUCACCGUGACAACGACGUAAUGAGUGUCGUCACCGCGAUUGCCGUCAACGUAAUCAUCGUCACCGUCACGACGAUCGUCGUCGUCGUCGUCACUGUGAUCAUGGUCACCGUGACAACAACGUAAUGAUUGUCGUCACCGUGAUGGUCGUCACCACGAUCGCCGUCAACGUAAUCAUCGUCACCGUCACCACGAUCGUCGUCGUCGUCACUGUGAUCGUGGUCACCGUGACGACGACGUAGUGAUUGUCGUCACCGUGAUGGUCGUCACCACGAUCGCCGUCAUCGUAAUCAUCGUCACCGUCACCACGAUCGCCGUCACCAUCGUCACCGUGAUCGUCACCACUGGCCAAGGCUUAAUUUCAGUGGCACGGCACGUCCAGUAUCACUCUCGCUCUCGCAUGUGGCAACUUAAUCUCUUUUAAUGUGAGCCCUGUUGGGUCACAUGUAAGUCUAUGGGACCUGUGCAAGUCUAUGGGUCUCUGUGUGAGUCUAUGGGUCUCUGUGUGAGUCUAUGGGUCUCUGUGUGAGUCUAUGCGUUCUGUGCAAGUCUAUGGGUCUCUGUGCGAGUCUAUGGGUCUCUGUGUGAGUCUAUGGGUUCUGUGUGAGUCUAUGGGUCUCUGUGUGAGUCUAUGGGACCUGUGUGAGUCUAUGGGUCUCUGUGCGAGUCUAUGGGUCUCUGUGCGAGUCUAUGGGUCUCUGUGCGAGUCUAUGGGUCUCUGUGCGAGUCUAUGGGUCUCUGUGCGAGUCUAUGGGUCUCUGUGCGAGUCUAUGGGUCUCUGUGCGAGUCUAUGGGUCUCUGUGUGAGUCUAUGGGUCUCUGUGCGAGUCUAUGGGUCUCUGUGCGAGUCUAUGGGUCUCUGUGUGAGUCUAUGGGUCUCUGUGUGAGUCUAUGGGACCUGUGUGAGUCUAUGGGUCUCUGUGCGAGUCUAUGGGUCUCUGUGCGAGUCUAUGGGUCUCUGUGCGAGUCUAUGGGUCUCUGUGCGAGUCUAUGGGUCUCUGUGCGAGUCUAUGGGACCUCUGAGUCUAUGGAUGUUGUGUAAGUCUAUGGGUUCUGUGUGUCUAUGGCUUCUGUGUAAGUCUAUGGGACCUCUGAGUCUGUGGAUCUUGCGUUCUUCUAUAGGUCCUAUGUUAGUCCGUGUGGGGUCUCUUUGAGCCCUAAGAAGUGUAAGAAUCUUACGUUAAUAUAUGAAGGUAUGCACUAUGCAUUAAAUAUGCAGUAUCUUGCAGUCUGAAUGGUCGCCAUUGUCGUCGUCAUCACAACCAUCACCAUCAUCAUUGUCUUCAUCGUAAAACGCCACCAUCAUCUACGUCAUCACCAUCAUCACCGCCAUCACCAUCAUCACCAUCAUCAUUGUCUUUAUCGUAAAACGCCACCAUCAUCUCCUUCAACACCAUCAUCAUCACCAUCAUCAUCACCAUCAUCAUUGUCUUCAUCGUAAAACGCCACCGUCAUCACCAUCAUCACCAUCAUCAUUGUCUUCAUCGUAAAACGCCACCAUCAUCACCAUCGUCAUUGUCUUGAUUGUAAAACGCCACCAUCAUCGCCGCCAUCACCGUCAUCACCGUCAUCACCAUCAUCACCAUCCUCAUCGUAAAACGGCACCAUCAUCGCCGCCAUCACCGGCUUCACCAUCAUCACCAUCAUCACCAUCAUCAUUGUCUUCAUCGUAAAACGCCAUCGUCAUCACAGCAGCAGCCGCAGCAACAGCAGCAGCAGCCGCAGCAGCAGCAGCCGCAGCCGCAGCAGCCGCAGCAGCAGCCACAGCAGC